UUUUCUUUUUCUUUUCUUUCUUUUAGGGUUUUACCAUGUUCUCUGGCUCAACAAAUGAGGCUUCCUCCGAGGGCCUCGACUUGAACUCGGAAGCCGUUCCUCUCGGCGAUGAGGUUGUUUCCGUGGUUAGGGUUACAGAAUCAACUAAGGUAACCCUCAGUUUGUCUGUAACUGAAACCCUAGCAGAGCAGGAAACCAUCGGUCAGGGUUUUAACCCUGAAGGAGAAACCUCCGAGUCUAGGGUAUCUGUUGAAGGACAGAAUCUGCUCGAAACAUUUGCUCAGGAGGGUGCUCGUGGGAUCGAAGGUAGUUCGAUGGAAGAACGAGAAGAAGAAGAUGCUGCUGAAGUUCUUUUGAUCAAGGAGGAUUCAGAGAGAGACACCAAGGAAUCUGUAGAUGCGGCUGCUGAUGGCAAAUUAAGUUGUGAACCUGACGUGACGCUAACGCUAAAAGUUUUUGCUUCUGAUGCUCAAGAAUUUAAAGAUAGGGGUGAAGUUACAGAAGCGGAGAGUUCUAUGACGAUCACCGAGUUUACUGUUGAGGAAAUCCACUUUGCUUCCGGAGAGAGAACUGUUGAAUUGGAAAAUUCUGAGGUUUCAAAUCCCAAAGGCGAUGUACUGGAGCCGAUGCAUUUGGAUGAGAAACCAUCUUUUCCAGAGAAAGAUCAAGGGUUGGAGGUUGAGGGGGUGGAGAGAAGCAACGAAGAUAAUGAUUUUAGGGAUUCGGAUCCUUCUGUGGGUGUUUGUUCUCUUUCAAAUGGCGAACAUGAUACCACUUUAAGUGCAGAUGAUAGUGACGUAGGUCCUCCUGAAUAUGGGAAAGAAGAGCUAGUUCCCCUAGUAGCUGAAACACUUCCUGACCAGGUAAUUGCUGAGGAUAUUGAUGAACCAAAACCUUCAGUUUCUUGUGCUUUGCCGUCUACGGUGGUGCGGGUUAAUUAUACUCAAGUUACUGGAUCAUUAGGUCCUCUGCCGGACCAGAGUCAGGAUGCAGAUGUUCAAAUUGCAGGUGUUUGCAGUUCUAAUCAGGAGGACCAAAGUAUGGGCUUGCCUUCUCCUCAGCUGAUCUCUUCUCCUUUGGUGGAGAACCAAUCGAUGGAGGUUGAAGUUGAAACAGUUGCAGUGGGUGGGUGUCACAAGCUGGAUGAGAGUCAAUUUGAAUCUCAAUCUCAGCCAAUUUCCAUUGACUCUGAUGUGUGUAGUUUAGUUGAAAAUUUGGAUAAUCAUCCUGGCACAGAUGUGAAUAAUAAGAUUGUAGAGGGGGUUUUGAAUGAAGAUGAACGAACCAAGGUUGAAGAGAGUGGGGCCCAUGCUACUCAUCCUGGCACAGAUGUGAAUAAUAAGAUUGUGGAGGAGGUUUUGAAUGAAGAUGAACGAACCGAGGUUGAAGAGAGUGGGGAACAUGCUACUCAUCUUGGCACAGAUGUGAAUAAUAAGAUUGUGGAGGAGGUUUUGAAUGAAGAUGAACGAACCAAGGUUGAAGAGAGUGGGGGCCAUGCUACUCAUCCUGGCACAGAUGGAAAGCAGAAGAAUUUUCGUGAGGUUUUCAAGGAAGAUGGAGAGACUGAUGUUAAAGAGAUGGGAGACGAUGUUACUAAUCCAGAGAAAGAUGAAAUCCAGGAUACCGUUGGUGAGGUUUUCAAGGAGGAAGGAAGUGGGGUUAAAGAGAUGCUAGAUGGUAACAGGAAUAUUGCUGACAAUGUUUUUAAAGAAGGUGAAGGAACUGGGGUUAAGGAGAUGGCAGGUGAUGUCACACAUCUGGGCAGAGAUGAAAACCAAAAGACUGCUGAUAAGGUUGUUGGGGAAGAUGAAAGAACUGAGGUUAGGGAGGUGGGGGAUGAUGUUACCUGUCUGGGCACAGAUGGAAACCUGAAGCCUGUUGAUGAGGUUUUCCGGAAUGAUGAUGAAAUGGACAUGAAGGACGGGAACGAGGUCAUCCUUAAUGAUUCUCUGAAGGAAGUUGAAGGAAGUGAGACUAAAGAGAUGGGAGAUGAUGUCACUCAUCUAGGCAGCGAUGGACAACAGAAGAAAGUAGAAGAGGUUCUGAAGGAAGAUGGAGCCGAGGUUACAGAGAGAGAAGAUGAUGCUAAAUCUUUUGCAUCAGACUGCUUAGAUGAGAAUGUAACAAAAGAUGCCGGUGGGGUUGAUUCACGUGUAAACCAGAAGAUAGAAACUUCAGAAGAGGUUACAACUACUUCAGGCUCUGGAACUGCAUCUGUAAGUGAUAACCAGGUUUUUUAUGGCCUGGAUGCAGAAAAAGAAGGUGUGUUUUCAGUUUCUGAUUUAGUCUGGGGUAAGGUGAAGAGUCAUCCCUGGUGGCCUGGACAAAUAUUUGAUCCUUCAGAUGCAUCAGAUCAGGCAAUGAAAUAUCGAAAGAAGGACAGCCUUUUGGUUGCAUAUUUUGGGGAUCGAACAUUUGCUUGGAAUGAAGCAUCACUGCUAAAGCCCUUUAGGACUCAUUUUUCACAGAUGGAGAAGCAGAGCAAUUCGGAGUCAUUUCGUAAAGCAGUUAAUGGUGCAUUGGAUGAAAUUGCUAGACGAGUAGAGCUUGGCCUGGCCUGUUCUUGCACUUCAGAAGAAGUCUAUUCAAAGAUUGGAUCCCAAAUGAUUGAGAACACUGGGAUCCGGAAAGAAUCAAGUAGGAGAGAAGGCACUGAUAAACCCCUCAGUUUGAGUUCUUUCAAACCUGAGAUGCUUGUUGAAUAUAUCAGAGCAUUAGCAUCGUCUCCAUUUGGUGGAGUUGAUAGGCUGGAGCUUGUCAUAGCUCAGGCUCAAUUAUUGGCCUUAUGUCGUUCAAAGGGAUACCCUUGUUUGCCUAAACUCCAGUUGUGUGGUGGUUUGGUGGAGAAUGAAACCGACAGUUCAAUGUUGGUGGAAAGACAGCUUUCAAAAGAAACUGUUCAUGAUACGGCAGCUAUAUCUGAGAAUGAUGAUCGGGUACUCCCUGGGAAAGGUAAAUUGAAGAGUCGAGACGGCUCUUCUCGUAAGCGUAAAGAUGCCUCAGUGAAUGGUGUACAUCCUAGGAAAAAAGAAAGAAGUUUAUCAGAGUUGAUGGCUGGGAAGAAAGUUUUCUCAACUGAUGAUGAGAAUGAGUCUAUUGAAGGUGCUGCCAGUAAGCCAGUUUCAUCAUCAUCUGGAAAGAAACGUAAGCUGGGUGAUUCUUUUGCUGACCCUGUGAUUCAAAAUAGGAAAAGAAAUAGUUCAUUAUCAGGAGCUGCUGAUGCUGAUUCUGCUCAGCCCAAGCGAUCUUUUAAAGUCGGUGAAUCCAUCUGUAGAGUUGCGAGUCUACUCACUGGAUCUCCUCCAAUCCUCAAAUGUAGCAGUGAAAGGCUCCGUAAAGGUGCAGCUAAGGUGGAUCGUAGCAGUGAAAGGUCUACUUGGGUUGGUGGUGAUGUUUCUCUAAGAACUCCCGAACAAAGGAAAAAGAUAGGCAUUCCAACAGAGCACUCCUCGCCUGAUGAAAUGCUGUCACAACUUUGCUUGGCUGCACGAGAUCCAAUGAAAGGAUACAGUUUUCUGACUACCAUAAUUAGUUUCUUCUCUGAAUUCAGGAAUUCUGUUUGCCUUGAUCGUAAAAGUUCUUGGAAGCACAAAAUGUCUUCAGAGAGAGUGGGUGGUAAGAAGAAAAGAUCACCCAACCCUAACAUCGACUCCACCGAAUCAUAUACUUUUGAGGAUAUGCAAGAUUCUUACUGGACUGACAGGAUUGUCCAAAUCAGUACAGAAGAAGAACCAUUGGACAAAAGCCGGAAGAAAAGAGGAAGGCCUAGGAAAAAAAUGUUUAUGCUGACCAAUGGAGCUGACAAUUCUCAUCAUUCUCAUCAGUGGAGUCCUGAAUUUUACGUUGUGCAGCAAAAUCCUGAUUACAAUGCUGAACAGCCUGUUGAAAAACCUGAUGAACGGCCAGUUGAAAUUCCAGUGGGCAGUGUGGGUGCAAAUUCCAAGGAUUACAACUCACCAGCAGCACUAAUAUUAAGCUUCUCUGAGUCUGAUACAGAUUGUAUUCCUUCAGAAAAAAAUCUGAAUAGACUAUUUAGACACUUUGGGCCAUUGAAAGAAUCAGAAACAGAAGUUCUAAAGACAAGUAACUGUGCUAGAGUGGUCUUCAAGAGACAUACUGAUGCAGAGAUUGCUCUCAGUAGUGCAGGGAAAUUCAACAUUUUUGGAUCAAUGCUUGUCAGCUACAGCCUGAUGUAUUUGCCAUCAACAGCAACAAAAUUUCCAUCCUUGGCUGCACUUCAAGGCACAAAAGAUAUGGUACCACAGGAAUUAGAACAUAUGUCACCACAAGGCAUGGAAGAUAUGGCUCCAGAAGGCACAGAAGAUAUGGCGCAGCACAUAGAAGAUGUGGCACCACAAGACAUAGAAGAUAUGCCACCUCAAGGCACAGAAGAUGUGGCACCAGAAAGCAUAGAAGAUAUGGCACCACUGGGUAUGGAAGAUGUGACACCACAAGGCACAGAAGAUAUGGCACAGCACAUAGAAGACGUGGCACCACAAGACAUAGAAGAUAUGGCACCACAACAGAUGCAAGAUAUGCCACCACAAAGCACAGAAGAUAUGGCACCACGGCACAUAGAAGAUAUGGCACCAGAAGGCACAGAAGAUAUGGCACCAGAAGGCAUAGAAGAUGUAGCACCACUGGGUAUGGAAGAUAUGGCACCACUGGGUAUGAAAGAUAUGGCACCACAAGACACAGAAGAUAUGGUACAUCACAUAGAAGAUGUGGCACCUCAAGACAUAAAAGAUAUGGCACCACAACAGAUGGGAGAUAUGCUACCACAAGGCGCAGAAGAUAUGACACUACAACACACAGAAGAUAUGGUAAUAGAAUGCACUGAAGAUAUGGAACCAGAACAAAUAAAAGAUGUGGCACCACAAGGUAUGGAAGAUAUGGCACAACAAGGCUCAGAAGAUAUGGAACCACAAUACAGAGAAUAUGCGGCACCACAACAGGUAGUAGAUAUGGGACCCCGUGACAUGGAAGAUAUAGCACCUGCAGGAGGCAACACAUCUUGAUUUUUCUCUUGCAGAAAAGCUGUUGCUUGAAUGAUUCAGGUUGAUCAUAACAGGGGCUUACCGACUGCAUGGCAGCAGACUUGUCCUGCAAGGUGGGACCCACCUCUCAGUGCUUCCUACUUAGG